AUGAGGCGUAAUGGCUCGCGUCAUAAAUAUUCACAGGUUGGCCGUAACAUCGCGAGUCGCGUGGCAUUAGAGCGGAUUUCGCGGUUACGAUGGGCGAGCGGCGCGUGUGACGGUUGCCCACCGACUGAACGGCGCUACGUAGCUCCGCCCUACGAUGCCCGACGCCCCGCGGCUAUCCGUUCGGCGUCUGAAGAAACUUCAUCCCAUAGGCAAUACAGAGGGUGCAUACGCUACUGA